AUGUUGGGUUGGAUCGCAGCAGCAGUGCUCAUUCUGCCGAUGGUCGACGCGCAAGUGGUCAACGUGACCAUUUUCACCGAAUCACAAUGUCCGUACUGCACCCGAUUAUUACGCGAACAAAUCUGGCCGUUUUAUGUGAAUCGACCGGGGAUUAUGAAUUUGCAGAUUAUUCCUUUUGGAAAAGGAGACUGUGACUACGAUUACAAUCGUAACUUCCAUUGUAAAUGCAUGCACGGGCCAACGGAAUGUGAUCUGAAUCGACUACAAAAUUGUGCAAUAUCUUACUUUCCACGACGGCAUCUUGGUCUCAUCACUUGCAUUCAAGGUCUAAGCACUCUUCGUGAAGCUUUCAGUCGUUGUCUCAGUCGAUUGUCCGUUAGGACGCAGAGAAAACUUAUUGAAUGCGCUACAACUCAAACGGGUGAAUUGUUAAAUUACUACUCGAUGGUCAAUACUCACCGAGCCGGAGUUAGGAUUUGGCCAACAAUGUAUGUAAAUGGAAUUUUCUUUGACCGAAGCUAUCCAGUAGAGAACAAGCUCUGUGAGCAGACUGCUUGGUGCUGAUUUCGAGAGUCUUGCAAAUUGUAGACCCAUUUCACUUUGGAAUGCCUGUCCAUAUCACUGCUCGUCGUUAGGAACCUAGUUUUGUCCAUUUUUGUACAACUCGGACCAUGCUGCCGUGUCUUCCUUCACCCCGUAUCUCUCUACCCCCCCCCCCCCUUACUGGUGAAGAUGCUACUGCUGCUGUUCUACCAUCCCUCACUGUUGUAAAUAAUAUGAUACUCGUUGAGUUAUUUCACCUUACAGGUGUAGUUUAUUCUUGCUAAGUAUAUUUAUUACAUUUUCAUUCGACUUUUCAUUUUUCAUUGUGCUUGCUCAGUGUUUCCGACCUGAUGGUCACAAAUAAACAUUCAUAGAAGAUUAUCCUGUCGUUUCUGCAACUUUUCCUAUGCUUCUUUACUUCUCCUUGAUCG